CCCAGAGCCCACCGGAAUGACAUGGAGACCAUCUACCCCUUCCUGUUCCUGGGCCUCGUCUACUCCUUCCUGGGGCCCAACCCUUUCGUGGCCCGGAUGCACUUCCUGCUCUUCUUCCUGGGCCGCAUGGUGCACACCGUGGCCUACCUGGGAAAGCUUCCAGCGCCCACCCGCUCCCUGGCCUACACUGUGGCCCAGCUCCCCUGUGUCUCCAUGGCUCUGCAGAUCGUCUGGGAAGCGGCCCACCACCUGUGACCAGCAGCCGAUUCUUCCUCCGCUGCCAGAACACUGGCCACGAGCCACCAGGCCAUCCGUGGAGGACUGGGCAUCCCUUCCAGAUUGGGAUAGGCCCCGGGGCCUGGUCUCCU